AUGGAUCACCACUUCUCCUACUUCUACUUCUACUUCUACAUCUUCAUCUUCAUCUUCACCUACUCUACAGCUUCAUCUACAGCUUGUCUGCAGCUUCGUCUACAGCUUCGUCUACUCUUCUACUGCUAUGUCGGUCCGCUGCACUGCCUCCUCGCCGUCCAUCCUCGCCCGCCACGAAACGCCCUGACUUCUCCAGUCAAGAAGAAACAGUCCAGAGUCGAGAUCCAGAAGAAUAAGAGUGACAGGCUCGUCUCUGUCGCUCGGCCGUCCGCUGUCAAGCUGUCUUCAAGCAGAAUCCCAGCGCUGCCUCUCAUCGCCGCCGCCCGCUCGCCGCGUCCCCCGCUGCUCCUUCACCACCACCAGCCAGCAACAGCUUCAACUUCAGCUUCAACUUCAUCAGCAUCAGCAUCAGCUUCGAUAGUAAAGUCCCUGCCGGCUUCUACGCUGAGUGCGCCUCGCUCGCAGACGCCCUUCGACUCCUCUGCCGCCCCGUCGCGCCCGGACGGCUGGUCGGACGCUGCCAUGGCCUCUCCCCAGGCAGCAUCCACGGCCUCGCCAGCAGCAGAACAGCCGGCGCAGGCAAAGCAGCCGUCGAGCUUCUUCCCGCUAGGCUACAAGGAAGGAUUCAGUCAAUGGUGGACUUGCAUGCCCGCAGCCACCGCGGAGCACAGCGUCCUCUCCUUCAUCCCUUACCUGCAGCAGGUGCCAACGCACAAGCAGACCGGCAAGGAGCCGUCAGUCCCCGAUGGCCAGGCGGCCGACAGUCUGACGGCUGCGGACACCUCCCAGGAGGCCCAGGUGUCGGCCAAUUCGAUUGACGACCCUUACGGCCCCCGCAGAUGGCGGUCGAGCAUGGUGCAGCUCAGCGGCGACAAUCGAGCCCUGAACGAGUUCUCCGUCGAGCGUGUGGGCGAGAAGGUCGAGAACAACCUCGUCGUCCUGCACGGGUACGGAGCCGGGCUCGGUUUCUUCUACAAGAACUUCGAGAGCCUCAGUCGUGCCAAAGGAUGGCAGCUCUACGCCCUCGACCUGCUCGGCAUGGGACGCAGCACCCGCCCGCCCUUCAAGAUCCACGCCAAAGAGAGAGACCAGGCCGUCACCGAGGCCGAGGAUUGGUUCAUCGACGCCCUGGAGGAAUGGCGUGUCAAGCGGAAGAUUGAACGCUUCACCCUGAUGGGCCACAGCCUGGGAGGAUACAUGGCUGUUGCCUACGCCCUCAAGUACCCCGGCCGUCUCAACAAGCUCAUCCUCGCCUCCCCCGUGGGAAUACCAAAGGAUCCCCGGGCUGUCGACGCAGAGCUUACCGAGCCGUCAGAGUCGACCCUGUCCGCCGAGUUCACAGAGAGCCAGGACGCAACCACCGGCAACGCCAGUAAUAAUAACAACAAUAAUAACAACAACAAUAGCCUCGCAGCCAGGACUCCUCCUCUCCUGCGGCCCCUGCCCAAAUGGCUGACCUAUCUCUGGGACUCAAACGUCUCCCCUUUCUCCUUUGUUCGCUGGUCUGGCCCCCUUGGCCCUCGCCUUGUAUCCGGCUGGACGUCUCGGCGCUUCUCCCAUCUGCCUCAGCCGGAAUCAAAGGCCCUGCAUGACUAUGCAUACUCCAUCUUCAGAAUGCGUGGCAGUGGCGAGUAUGCGCUCUCAUACAUCCUCGCUCCCGGCGCAUACGCCCGCAAACCCUCAUCAAUCGAAUCCACGGCGUGGGCCGCCAACUAA